GUGCGGGGUGUGUGUGUCCUUUUCUCCCUUCUGCCUGCCUUUCUUUCUUUUCUCCUUGAUUUAUUUCCCCCUCUCUCAGGUCAUCCCAUGGUUUUCAGGUCCCCUUUAGAGCUUUAUCCCACCCAUUUCUUCUUGCCAAACUUCACCACCGACCCGCAUCACCGCUCCUUACUUCUCGCCAGUAGUAGCAGCAGCAGCAGCAGCAGCAGCACGGGCUGCAGCCCCGGUGCUGGCGGCGGUGGAGGAGGCAGCUCCAGGGGACCGCAAGAAGAGUUGUCAAUGUUUCAGCUGCCCACACUCAACUUCUCCCCGGAACAAGUGGCCAGUGUCUGCGAGACGCUGGAGGAGACUGGAGACAUCGAGCGGCUGGGGAGGUUCCUCUGGUCGCUGCCCGUGGCGCCAGGGGCAUGCGAGGCCAUCAACAAGCACGAGUCAAUCCUCAGAGCCCGGGCGGUUGUGGCCUUCCACACCGGCAACUUCCGAGACCUCUAUCACAUCCUGGAGAACCACAAAUUCACCAAGGAGUCCCAUGGCAAGCUGCAGGCCAUGUGGCUCGAAGCGCAUUACCAGGAGGCCGAGAAGCUGAGGGGUCGCCCGCUAGGGCCGGUUGAUAAAUACAGGGUGAGAAAGAAGUUCCCGCUGCCCAGGACCAUCUGGGAUGGAGAGCAGAAGACGCACUGCUUCAAGGAGAGGACUCGCAGCCUCCUCAGGGAGUGGUACCUGCAAGACCCCUACCCCAACCCCAGCAAGAAAAGGGAACUGGCGCAGGCCACCGGCCUCACCCCCACGCAAGUAGGCAACUGGUUCAAAAACCGAAGGCAAAGAGACAGAGCAGCCGCUGCUAAAAACAGGCUCCAGCACCAGGCGAUAGGACAGAGCGGCAUGCGGUCGCUGGCAGAGCCCGGCUGCCCUACACACAACUCGGCCGAGUCUCCGUCCACGGCGGCCAGUCCUACCACCAGCGUCUCCAGUUUGACAGAACGAGCCGAGACGGGGACCUCCAUCCUCUCGGUAACCUCCAGCGACUCGGAAUGUGAUGUAUGAUACCGGCAAACAACCCAAACCAACCAGCCAAGCACCCGCUCCCCGACCCAGACCAUCGGCCCCAGAAUCAGGACACACAGACACACACUCAGCAAGAGAAACGCAAAGCAAACGCGUAAACAAUAGCAAACAAACAAACAAAAAGAGAAUCCACCGCCACCACCAACAGCCACCGCCGCCACCAAGAGAUGGAGCUAAAACUUCAACAGACAGUCGCUGAUACUGAGGCUGCAGCGGGGGGAAUAAUAAUAAUUAUAUUAAAAAAGUGACAAUUGCAUUCUUUUUAGGACAAGCACGAUUUCUCCUUUGCGCUUUUCCAUGGACGCAUUUCACCCACUUGCAUGAUAAUGAUGAUGCUGAUGAUUAAAUUUGUAUCUGGGAAAAAUAUUCUCUAUAGUAAAGAAACAAAAACAAAAAACAAACAAACAAACAAAAACUCCGAUCGAAUUUGUAUAAAAACAAUAAAAAUAAAAAAAAAAUAAAAAGGAACUCCUUGAAGAGGGAAAUAACAAAUGUUUAUCGCCUUUUUGUUGGUUCUCUUUCUCUCUCUCUCUCUCCCUCCCCCCUCUCUUUCUCUCUGUUUUUAAGUCCAAGUGAUGGUCCAGCCAAGAUGCAAUCUUCUGUUUUUUUGUUCAGCAGACAAUCAUUUUAUUCGUAAGCACCUUUUUUUCUACACUUCUGUCACUGCCU